AGUUAAACUGGGUGGACUUCAGCUCCCAGAAUUCCCUCGGCUGCGGAAUCCUGGGAGUUGAAGUCCACCUAUCCUAAGCGCAUUCAGAUGAGCUGAAAAAUCCAUUGCGGAAGAUUAGAAAUGUUGGCUUGAUUUGACGUCUCUUUUUUUCCUUCCCCCUCCUGGAAUUUUCCCGUCUCCAGAGAAGAUGGCGGAGACUUUGGGCGUCUCUGAGAGGGUGACCCUCUUCCGCCAGGAGAGGGACGUCACUUACCGCAUCCCCGCUCUGCUCUACCUGCCUUCGGAGUCCACCUUCCUAGCCUUUGCGGAGUUACGCACCUCGGUCGAGGACCAAUACGCCAAGGAGUUGGUGAUGCGACGUGGACAGAAAGAGGGCCUGUCCGUGAAGUGGGGUCCCCUGCAAACUCUAGAGACUGCCGUGCUACCCAAAUAUCGCACCAUGAAUCCGUGUCCCGUGUACGAUGCAAAGGAAAGCACAAUUUUCUUGUUCUUCAUCUGUGUGGAGGCCAAUGUGUCGGAACAGUAUCAAAUCAGGACAGGAAGAAAUGCUGCCAAGCUGGGCUACAUCUUCAGCAAAGAUGGUGGGCGUACCUGGAGCCCAAUGACAGACUUGACGGAAGAGGUGAUUGGAGAUGAUGUGAGCAAAUGGGCCACGUUUGCUGUGGGACCGGGCCACGGGGUGCAGCUGAGCUCCGGGCGGCUGGUCGUCCCAGCCUACGCUUACUACAUCCACAGCCGUCUGUUUCGACACCCGCUCUACUGUUACACCAAAGCUCACUCCUUCGCCUUCUACAGUGACGACGGCGGGAAGACGUGGCUGAAGGGACACCUUCUCCAAAAGCCACUGAAGACCUCGGAGUGCCAAAUGGCCGAGUUGGUUGACCAGAAUAUUAGCCCGCUGUUAUACUGUAACGCCCGCGGCACUGAAGGAUACCGAGUCGAAGCCUUCAGCAGAGAUGGUGGGAUUCUCUUCGAAGUCCCCUUCAAGUCUCAGAAACUGACGGAGAUUAAUAAGGGUUGUCAAGGUAGCGUGGUGAGUUUUCCUUCACCACAACCGGGGUCUGAGUCUUCCUUGGCCUCUUCAAGGACCCCCGAAUCGUGGCUGAUCUUCUCUCAUCCCACCAACCGAAAGGAGCGUGCGGAUCUGGGCAUCUACUUGAACCCCAGUCCGCUGGAGGAAAAUUCCUGGAAGACCCCUUGGAUCUUGAACACAGGACCCAGUGGCUACUCGGAUCUGGCUGUUUGCACAGGGGAAGAUCCUCUCCUUUUUGGCUGCUUGUUCGAAUGUGGAGUAUCGGUGUCCUACGAAGAGAUUGCCUUUCAGUUAUUCAGUGAUGCAAAACUCCAGAAAACCCGGAACGCAUCCUCCGCAGAAAAGAAUUAAUUAACUACAAACGGGCCCACAUCUCUGGGGCCCAUCAGCCCCAGAGAAGGAAUAAAUCACAGACUUUUUAUGCAUAUUUUUUAAAUAGAAGAAAUUUUUAACAGAGUUUAAAAAAAAAACAUAAUAGAAACUAACCAGUGAAAGGAAAUUAAAUCCAAUACAGAAAAAGAGUAAAUAGUGGAAAAAAGAAAAUAUGAAGAAAGAAAAAAGAAUUAUAUAGAAGCAACUUUUGAUCUUCUCGACGGUGGUUAUAGAUGCAUGUAUAUUUUUUUGUCAGGGAAUUGUGCAGCCAGUGUCCCAAUGAAGUCACAGGUGCUGAGAUGAAGUUGUAGUUUUAUAUACCAGUAAAUAAUUAUAUUUCAUAACUAUAUAUACAGCAAACUAGAUACUCGGGCUAACAGGAGCCUCGUGAGGUAAAUCAACCCAGCAGGAAGAUCAUGAGGUAAAUUACAGAGCCGAGGGAAGAAAAAGGCGGGGGGAAAUUGAACCUUCCCCUCCACACCCACAGCAACCAAUCACAGUGGAGAUUGCCUCACGCAGAAGCCAGUCUUUUCCAACCAAUCAACCACAACUGUGUGUUCUAGCUCGUUCGUUGUACGACCACCCUGCUCCAGCCGUCAAAUUUAAAUGUCUUUAAAAAUUUUCCCUCUCACAAGAAUGGAAUGGAAUAGAAUAUAGAAUAUUGUAGAA